CUCUGGCAGACGGACUGCGUGGCAUCUCUACUGCCGUCAAUGCAAACGAUGCCGACCAAUUCAGCGGCCACGUCCAGCAGACAACUGACUCUAUUUGUCUGCUAAUUGAGGAAACAGCCCAGGCUGCCUAUUUGAUUGGCAUCGCCCAUCCCAAAUCUGAACCAGGAAGCAAGAGUCCUGUCGACAGGGCUCUUUUCGAACGAAUUCAACAGGAGAUCCAGGCUUCCUGCAAGGCUAUGACGAGUCCACAGGUCACGGAACGCCAGGUCGUCAGUUUGGCCAAUGACAUUUCCGCAAAUUUGCGCACGCUUUGCGAUGAAUGCACCGCUAUAUCGGCGCAGGCGACCAGUGCGGAAGAGCGUAGGCAACUGAAGACGCUGACUCAGGAGACGAUGCAGAGCAUUACGGAAUUGAUCAGACGCAGCGCGGACUGGUCGGAGGAGGGAAAACGAGCAACAGCCAAUAAUGCGCACCUGGUCAACACUCACGUGUCUCAACUGUCACAAAAACCAUUAUGCACCGCUGGUAUUUCCUGUCUGGAGGCCAGCAGAUCAGUUUUGAUCGCAUCGAAGCAUAUGGUCAACGCGGCUCAAAACAAGAAUGAGUCUGCUGACUCCUCCUUCAUGAGCUUUUCCGCGGCCAGUCGCGACCUCUCCGACAGCAUCAAACAACUAGUCAGCGUCCUCAAAUUAAACGCUCCUGGGCAAGCCGAGUGUCAACAAACAUUGGAGCACAUUGCUCGCCUAUUGCAUGAUCUGCAGCGUGACGAGAUGGCUAUAAUGGAUGACCGAUUCCCACCC